GUAUAUAAAUCACGUCCAAAAGUCACGAUAAUUCACUCCCUACUUGGGUUCACUAGAGAACGUGUGUGCACGAAUAUACUAUUGGUUCAGUCAAUCAUGAUGACAGUGUUCAUUGUCAUUGUAGCGCUGCUUCAAGCUUUCCUGGUACACAGCGAUGACAGCUGGCAUGACAGCUACCACAACCUCGAUCAGAUAGUAGCGAAGCUAAAAGAGAUUAACAGCUCGUCGGAGAAUACCGAGUUGUUUUCAUUGGGAACGUCUACAGAGGGGAGACAAAUGUACGCAAUAAAGAUUUCAGGAAAGAAGAGCGAAAACAAACCAGUGAUGUACAUCCAGUGCUUGUCCCACGGUAAUGAAUGGAUUACAGGAACCCAAUGCAUGUAUUUCGCUGAUAAGUUGUCUUCGCUGUACGGAUCAGAUUCCAAAGUCACCAAGACCCUGGAUAAGAUGGACAUUGUCAUCUUACCAGUCAUGAAUGUGGAUGGAUACGUUUACACCAGAACAUACAGCUAUAUGCGUAACUGGCCAAAAAGCAGGCGACGUGUGACUUAUAUCGGCAGCAAAAUAUGCUACGGCGUAGACCUGAACAGGAACUUUGGUUAUCAGUGGGGCUUCGUUAAAAAUCAAUUCGACCCUACAAUCGAACGCUGCCACAACACCUUCAGGGGUUUUGGUGCAUUUUCCGAGGUCGAAACAAGGAACGUUCGUAACUAUUUGAACCGCGUUGGAAAGAACUUGAAAGGCUUCCUUGACUUUCACGGUCAUGGAAGACAGGCUUUUCAGAUGCCGUGGAAAUAUGAUUAUGGGUCUAAUCCAGACAAGGCUGAACAGAAAAGGGCUGCUACUGAAGCAGUCAGGGCUAUAUACAAAGUUGGUUACCGUCAAUCGUAUUAUAGCUGUUGUGAAGCAGUCUAUACCGGGAGACAUGGUGGAUCGAGCGUUGACUGGGUCUAUGGCCGACUGAAGGUGAAGUACACAUACGAAGUGUCGGUGAGUGCAAGAAGUGGCUAUGCACUAAGUGGCGUAGCGCAAGGAUUACUCGCAGGGAUCAACGCUCUUGUCAAUACAAUGCAGCUUUCAACAAUCUAAUGUUAUUUAACAGGAAAAUAUCAGAGUUCUUGUAUGUUCUCAUAAGCUCUAGAUAUGAAUAUUAAAGCAGUAUAUCAUUCCCUA